CAUAGUGGACUUUUUUGGGGGGGCAUGAGUUGCAAUUGUCUUCAUGCGUAAGUAUUAAUAUCAGGUUUUCAUUUAACUAAUGCGUAAACGGAUGCGUGGAUUUUAGUGAUUUGUCAUAAGAUAACGUUAGCGGACACACAGACAAGCUGGUAGUGUUUAUGUGUGUGUCACCGGAUGCGGUAAUACGUCUUGUUUGUGAUAUUAGUCACUUUUUAAAGUAGUUGAACGGUUAUUAGCAGCAAACUAGCUCGCACGGCUAGCAACGUAUUUAGGGCUUUGGAGUUCCAAUAGUAGUUUAGCAUUUCUUUAAGCCCCACCCACCCUUCAUUUCUAUUGGCUGGGAAUAUCUGGAGUCAUGUGUCGUUGGCUCGUUUGAGCUCUGUGAUUGGCUGCUCGAUGUGUCAGCCAUCUUUUCACCACUUGUUGCUAGGGAGAUUGUUUGAUGCUAGUAGACGGGUACCUGUCACUUUUCUACGGUGAACAGAAAAGCAAGUUAUCUUACAAUUAAAGACAUAUUUUGUGUAAGAAGGUGAUUAUACGUGUGUGAUAGAAGCAGCCGGGUGUCAAAACACACAAGGUAGCUAACGGUUAACGUCAUAAGGACGAAGAUAGGAGGAGGGAGGGACCCUGCCUGCCGCCUGCCGUUGAGCUAGCCACCCAGCCAGCCUCGACUCCCUCAUUCACCUUCAGCAGCACCCACAAGAAGUAGUUGUCCUGUCAAGGGUGGGGUGAAGCCUAUAGCAGGGUGUUCAUCAUCUCUCCUGCGAGCCGACAUCACUUCUCUCUAGUCUGGGGAGGAUGGAGGAGUGGCUGCAGUGGGCUAGCAAGUCCUGAUUUUCUCUCCAUAAACAUGUGCUUAAUGCAAAUGUUAGGAACUGGAAGACGAGAACCUUAUGAAGAACAAAGCUUUGAACACAAACUGGACUCUCUCAGAAGUGGAAACCCCAGCUUGGAUCUUAAACAUCUUUAAAACUUGUUUGCUGAAGACCCUUCCCCCUGACUAUCUUAAACUGUUUUUCAUGUGUUUAUCUCAGUCCUGUACAGAAGUAUUGAUCCAAGCUAGUUGGCCCCGUUUUUGUUUUUAUUUUUUACUUUCACCUUUUGUUCCUUUGUAAAGAAAUGCUUUACCUGAAAAAGUACUUCACAGAGGGCCUGAUUCAGUUCACCAUCCUUCUGAGUCUCAUUGGGGUGCGGGUGGACGUUGACACCUAUCUAAGCAAUCAGCUGCCCCCACUGAGAGAGAUCAUCCUGGGCCCUAGCUCAGCCUACACCCAGACACAGUUUCACAACCUGCGCAACACGCUGGACGGCUAUGGCAUCCAUCCAAAGAGUGUGGACCUGGACCAUUUCUUCACCACUCGGCGGCUGCUGAACCAGGUGCGACAGCUGGAUCGCCUCUCUGUGCCCAGUACCGAGCUCAACACCUGGCUAGUGCAUCGUGACUCUGAGACUGUGGUGUCCGCCAGCAGCCAGUCCAGCCCCAGCAUCACCCUGGACAAUGGGGCCGGCCUAGAGGACGUUAACAACCCUGACGCUACCCCGGCCAUGAGGGGAGGAAGUGGAGCAUCUGAAUCCACGUACAACCUGAACGCAGCGGACGGCAGCCUGGGAGCCGUGGCCCCAGAGGGCAACCAGGAGCAAGAAAGCAGGGAUGGCAACGACGACCUCACCAAAGAGGACAUUGACUUGAUUGACAUCCUAUGGCGACAGGACAUCGACCUUGGUGCAGGAAGAGAAGUGUUCAACUACAGCAACCGUCAGAAGGAGAGUGAGGAGGAGAAGCCCAACCCACCAGAGAACAAAGACGGGAAUGAGGAACAAGAGAGCUGGAGAAAUGGAGUGAAUUUACAAGGAGCUCAGCCAGUGGACGGAGAGACUGGAGAGAGCAUUCCAGAGCAGCUCCCAGGACUUGGCUCACAGACGUCACUGUCUCUACAGGAAUGCUUACGGCUGUUAGAGGCCACUUUCCCUUUUGGAGAAGAAUCCGAGUUUCCAGCCCCGGUCGUCACUCCAGAAAUAUCAGCUUCCACUGAAGAAGUUCCUUCUACAUCUCAGGGCCUCCCAGUGGCUCCACAGCUGCCCCCAGCAGAACCACAGUUAGACCUGGAGCAGCAGUGGCAAGACAUCAUGGCCAUCAUGGAGCUACAAGCAAUGGAAGUGAACAGCACCAACUCCAGCAGCGGCAGCGACACAAGCGGGACAACCGAGUCAAACCCGGUGGGAAACUUUGAACUUUCUACUCGCUCCACACCGAUAAACCAGGAUGUCAGCCUUCACCAGGCCUCCCUCCCCAGCUGCAGCCAAGACUUCCCCCAGAUUUUCAACACCCAGUUAGACUCUGGCAGCAUCACCCCGAGAACCACCAUGCUCAGAGUGUCCUCCAGCAACUCCACCAACAUCAACUCCACGUUCGGAGCCACUAACCUGACCGGGAUCUUUCUCCCACCACACAUCAACAGUUCCAGUAACAACGUCACAUCCACACCUAUCCUACCAGAUCCGUUCAGCACCCUGCUGGAGGAGUCCAUGCUCGACGAGAUCAGCUUGCUGGACCUCGCCAUGGAGGAGGGCUUCAGCCAGGCUCAGGCUUCCCAGUUGGAGGACGAGCUCGACUCAGAUUCCGGUCUUUCCCUGGACUCCAGCCACAGCCCGGCUUCCCCGAGCAGCUCCGAGACGUCCUGCUCCUCCGCAGCUUCUUCCUCUUCAACCUCUGCCACGUUCUCAGAGGAGGGAGCUGUGGGGUACAGCACUGACUCUGAGGUGGCCACUGUGGAGCCAGAGGAAGGCGCUGUUGGCGGUUACCAGCCCGGGUACAGCAAGCUCUGCCGUAUGAGCUAUCAGGACCCCUCCCAGUUCCACAGCCUCCCUCAGCUCGACAGCAUCAGCCACAAUCACACCUAUAACCUGCCGCUGUCCUCCGCGUUCUCAGAGCACCCGGAGCUCCCCAUUUCAACCGGCAAGAAGACUGUCCGGGACAAACAGAGCUCAAAGCUUCAGCCUCCUCAGGACUUACUCGACAAGCACUCGAGUCGCGAUGAACGCCGAGCCCGGGCCAUGAAGAUCCCCUUCUCCAACGAGAAGAUCAUCAACCUGCCCGUGGAGGAGUUCAACGAGCUCCUAGCCAAGCACCACCUUAGCGAACCCCAGCUAGCACUCAUCCGCGACAUCCGCAGGCGCGGCAAGAACAAGAUGGCGGCCCAGAACUGCCGCAAGCGCAAGCUGGACACCAUCAUAAACCUGGAGCAGGGCGUCCAAGACCUGAGGCGUGACAAGGCCCGUCUACUGAAGGAGAAGAUGGAGUUCAUCCGUUCCAUCCGGCAGAUGAAGCAGAAGAUGCAGAGUCUGUACCAAGAGGUGUUCACACAGCUACGGGACGAGGAGGGCCGGCCCUACCCGCCCAGCGAGUACUCGCUCCAGUACAGCGCCGACGGCAGCGUGCUGAUCAUGCCCCGAGGCAUGACAACUGCAGAGCAGAAUCGUAAGCCCGAGAAAAAACAAAAAGACAAAAAGAAGUGAGGGGGGGCAAACUGCUGUUUAUUCUUUCACUUUGCUAAAUCAAUAAGAAAGAUUUCUGCAGAUGCAAGAGAGAUGUCCUUUUUUCCUUUAAGAAGAUUCUGGUGAGUAGAAAAAUGGCAUUGUUGGCUACUCUUCCUGCAUUCGUUUUUCCCUUUUCAUUCUGUUCCUACGUUUUUUUUUUUCCCCCCCUGGAAACAACUUUUGAAGCAGAAGUAGCUCCUCGUGUGAGUACUGAUAUUUCAUUAUUUAGAAGGGGGGAAAACAAGCAAGGAGAAGAGGGGGAGAUAUAAAAGGACAUAAAAUGAGCUAUUAGAAAAAUGUUAGCUGCUCUUGAUCCUUUUGCACCAAAACCACAGAGGAUGGAGAAGAUUUGUCGGUUGUGUAAGGGGUUAAAAAAAUAAAAGAAAAAGAAGGGGACUGGUGUCAAGAAAAGUGGGAGUAAAAAAAAAACAAACACUGUCAACAAGGAUGGUUGGAAUACCUAUGCACCGAAGGUUUUAAAGGACUACCAGAUCACAUCCCACCCUGGAGACUUUUAGUGAUUGUCAGAAGUCACUGAGGCUUUUAAGUUCUUCAGGCAGCAUCUAUGGUUGUGAGACUUUAGAUACCAAAGGCUAAAGGAAAGUCCAUCUUUUUAGGAUGCCAUUAACACCUGUACUAACCAAAGGUUGUAUUUGGUGCAUCAUCAUUUGAUCUGUAUACAUCUUUAAAAAAACAAAACAAACAAAAAAACAACAACGCUCAAACAAACACUGCACUCUAAUUCUGUAGGUUUUGUUAUCGACAGUUAUUCGAGUCAGUCUGUCGGCGGCGUCUGAGUUUUAGAAGGCCCUAAAGAGAAAACGGAGGUUGCGGGAAGUAGGAUGUUGAGACAAGAAGGAGUCGGAGGCGGAGAGAGAGAGAGAUAAAUAGAGAGAUAAAUAGAGAGAGAGCGAGAGAGAGCACGGGUGUGUGUUCCCGGGCUGGCCACUGCUAAAAGAGGCCCUGAAAGGUUGGAAGUCCUGCGAGAGGAGCAGAUGGAUGUUAUUUUUUAUUUUAUUUUAUUUUAUUUUUUUUUUAGGGAAGAGGCACACUGCAUUGCAAAAUGUAUCAACUUCCUUAUAAAUUAUACAUAGCACUGUAAUUUGUCUUUAAAAGGCUUGGCUAUAUGCAUUUUGCCGUGUCUGUCGCUAUUCCUUCGCUGCAGGUUUAAAUAACGGGAGCUGCGUUUAGGGAAGGCUCUUAUUAACUGUUCAUAAUCUGUAGUAUAAAGGUUAUAGGUCUAGCCACAUCAGCUUUAUGUAGAAGUCUACACCUUCUGUUUUGAAUUUUUUUUUUUUUUUUUUUUUUUUUUUGGAGAAACUUUUGAGCAGAGCCUGUAAAUCACAAGAGGAGAAUUCAAGAUAAGUGUGAUGAUGGGCCGGGAGCUUCAGGAGGAGAGAGAGAGAUUACUGUGAUCAAACCCACCAGGCUUGUCACAGAUCAAAGUUAUUGAUCAUAUCUUGUUUUUCUUCUUCCUCUUGGGUGCCCCGUUUUUGUUUUUUUUUGUUUUGUUUGUUUCAACAUUAACUUGAAGCAGGCUCGGCUGUCGCUGUGGUGUAGCGAUUUCCCUUCUUAAGUAACUCAAUUUGCCAACGUUACCCAACUUUUUUUUUUUUUUUUUUUAAUUGUUUUUUUUAACUGCUGUAAAAGCCGAGCUGUUGGCUUAAAUAUUACGAGUCCUAUGUUCAAAGUUUUUUGUGUUGAUGACAAAGUGAGCCAAGUUGUUAAAUGAGAAAUGUUUAAAAAAGAAAAGAAAAAAAAAAAAAGGUACUUUUGAAUGUGUGAAACGACUGUGUGUGUUGUGGCCACUUUGACUCAAAUGCCUUUAUUUUCCACACAAUCUCGUUAUCUUUCACUUUAAAAAGGUUUUGAGAACUGAAGGAAAAAAAAAACUGUUCUCAAAGUAGAAGUGCUAUUAUCUAUUUGAAUGAAGUUCGUCAGUACAUGUACUACAUCACCCUUUUAAAAAAAUAAAUAAAUAAAAAUGAAAAAAAAAAAAUAGGUCAAUUGUUGCAGCUGAGAUAGCACUUAAUAGGCUCGAAUAUUUACAAGAGGCUGAACAGAACUCAACACAUUAAGAUGAUGUCCAAAAAUAGUUUUUGAAAGGAGAAAUGUCCUCAUUAAAUGUGAUAUUCAGGCAUGAAACUGGUUAACAUUCACCUCAGUGUAACCCAGUGCAACACCGACUAUUUAGUACUGCUACUACUUAGUGCACUUUUCUUUCUUUCUUUUUUUUUUUUGUCUGUCUUGUUAUGUAAAUAUUUCCAUGUUUGUGUUUGUUAUGAUUUAUGUAGUUUGUCAAAUGUCUCCAUAACAGUCUCACCCUCUGCUUUUGAGUUUGGAUGUAGUUCCCUCUGUUUUGAGAUAUUUGCUGGCAAUCAAGAAUUGUUUUUAUUGAUUAAUAAAGUGUUUUUAUUUUCA